GCAACAUCUACAAGCUAUGGUGCAUGUUUCAUGAAAAAUCCCUGGUGAAAGAAGCAUGCCAGGAAACCCUUACUGCCCUGAAACUGGACUACUUGGACCUUUACCUCAUGCACUGGCCCAUGGGAUUCAAGGAGGGAGAGGACCCAUUUCCUCUGGAUGAAAAUGGCAUGAUAAUUCCUAGUAACACCAAUUUUCUGGACACAUGGGAGGCUAUGGAAGAGCUGGUGGAUGCUGGGCUGGUGAAAACCAUUGGAAUCUCCAACUUUAAUUCUAAUCAGAUUGAGCAGCUCUUGAGUAAACCUGAUUUAAAAUACAGACCUGUCAAUAACCAGAUUGAGAGCCACCCAUACCUUCCUCAGGAAGAACUAAUUAACUAUUGCCAGUUCAAAGGGAUUUCUGUCACUGCCUACUGUCCUCUUGGAGCUCCUAACUGGCCAUGGUCCACAUCUAAGAACUGUUCUCUCCUCAAUGACCCGCAGGUUAAGAAAAUUGCAGACAAGCACAACAAAACCACAGCCCAGGUUUUGAUUAGGUUCCAUGUCCAAAGAAAUGUGAGUGUAAUUCCCAAAUCUGUGACUCUAUGUCAUAUUGAAGAAAAUGUUAAGGUGUUUGAUUUUGAGUUAAGUAACAAGGAGAUGGAAACUCUUCUCAGGUUUAAGAGACGAUACAGAAUCUGUUCUUUAACCAUGAGCAAAAAUCACAAGGACUAUCCUUUCUCAGAAGAGCAAUCCUGGCCUUGACUUGACAUGCUCCAUGGCUGAGAACAGGGCGGGGCAAAAUAUGGCAUAUGGGCCAGAUCAGGUCCACCAGGCAAUUUCAUUUGGCCCUCAGGAAUGCACCCAUCAGUUAAUUGUAUCCUGCUGGUCCAUGGCUGCCCCUGCUACCUUUGCAUGUGGCCCGAGCCUUGACCAUUCUUGCUGGGCCAGUGUGCUUUGAUC